AUGAGUGAGCAUUCUCGAGGCGCUUUAUCCGAUUCGGACUUGUCUCUUCAACUCUCGGACGGAUCUACAUUAUCUUCUGAUUCGGAACACUCCGAUGCCGAUUACGAAAGAACGGACCAUGGUCGUAAGACGGGUGCGAAACCAAGUAACCAAACAAAGACAAAAACUGACAAGACGAUCAAACGACGAGGAAAAAAGAAUAUAUCAUUAAAACUUCAACCUCCCACCCCGAAUCCUCCUUCUCAGCAUACCAAACCCAAGACAGAAGCGAAAUCAGCCAAAGAUCGCAAAAAGAAUCCUCAUCCACCCAUGCCCAAAGAACGAAAACGGUCCAUCGCCAAGAAUCACCAUGACAAUAACGAGGAACUAUAUUGUAUUUGUCGCAAAGGAUACGAUGGCAAAGAAUUUAUGGUGGCCUGUGAUGGUUGUCAAGAAUGGUUUCAUGGACGAUGUGUUGGCAUGACACCCAAAAAAGUGACGGGGAAUUAUUUUUGCCAAAAGUGUACCCUUGCCAAGGCCGCCGAAAGCGAAGCAGCACCUCCACCAACACCCACUCCACCGCGCAAUACCAUCACCAUCCCCGCCGCCGCCGCUACCAGCGCUUCCUCCAAAGGCAAGAAAGCAAAAGGCCGUGGCAACAACAAAAAAACCAAUAACGUCACUUCCCAUCCGAAAAAAUCUGCUACAACCAAUAACCGCAAAAAGGCAGCGACGCCGCCUGAAGCUGUGUUGCCAUCACCGCCUUUAACCAUGGAACCGCCCAAAUCCGUGACGGUGACGCCGGUCGACGAAGAGGACGAAGAAGAUUUAGACGAUAUUUGUCCUGUAUGUGAAUCCGAAUGUACGUGUGGCACCGCGACCGCGACGGCCAAGAAAUCGACGACCACCACAUCAGUGACGGUUGAAAAACCGACCGAAACUGCCAAUAGCACGGAUAUCUGGGCAAUCAACGAUACAUCGGCGGCUGUUGUCCGCCCCUCCGCCAACACCAAAAAAGCCGAUGUGGAUGUUGCCAAUCCUCACGUCGUGGAACGCGUCGGAGUCGAUGUCAGUCAAAAACCCUCGGAAUCGAAAGCCCAGCGUAAAGCAAAAAAGACUAAAAAGGUUCCCAAGCGACCAUCGAAAUCCAACGGGACGACGUCGCAGCCGUUGGCAAGUCGGAAAGCAUUAUCAGCCCUAAGCAAGGUGCGACGGGGAUCUCAGGGCUCCGAUGAAGAGGAAGUCAAUGUGGAUGAUGUGGACGAUGAGGAUACCAUGGACGAUGUUGCGUUAUUCAAGCAGGAGCGACCUGAUGAUGAUGAUUCCGAUGCUGAUUCCGUCAGCGAUCCGGAUGAUGAGAACGAUCGAGAUGAUGCAGAGGAGAUCAAGAACGAUGCGCAUUCUGUAGGGAAUGAUUCUGAAAUGUCCCCCUUUUCAGGAUCUUACAGCAGCGUGCACAUCGAUUCGGGUGAUGAUGAAGAUAUCGAAAAGGAAGAAGAACGAGCCCUUAUUGAAGAAUUCGAAGAGGAAGAUGAUGAUGAUCUCGGCGAUUUGGACAAUGACGAAGACAGUGAUUUGGAAGGGAUCGACGAAAAUGAGUUGUACUCGGUGGGAGACCAGGAGGAGGUUGACGACGACGACGACGUUGAGGAAGAGAUUUACAAUCUCGGUCCAGACGGCGAUUUUGACGACGAGUACUACGUGCAAGUAAGCAGUCGAUGGAAUUCUUCGGAAGAUGAGGAUGAAGAGGAGGACGACGAAGAGGAUAUCGAUAUUCGUUUCCACGAUGACGACCACGGUUUGGACACGGUUGAUGACCCCGAGAGAUCACUGGGUCAGCAUGAAUCUUUACCCUUUGCCGAUGAUCACACCAAUUUAUUCGAUAGUAUAGCAGCUGCAUUUCUGCAGGUGUUGGCCCCUCUUGCGGACAUGCCCCUCGAUGAUGUUGUGAUGGAACCUCCUGCCAUCGACGCGACCCAUGUUCUCGGUGGCGACGAUUUGGACAUGUCACAUUCCUUUCUGCCAGAUGUCAUGGGUUCCUCAACCAAUGUCGACCCGGGUCCUUCAGACGCCAAUGACACCGCAGCAACGACCCCUGCUGCUGCGGACGAUGCCAACAUGGAAGCGUCCAUGGCCAAUUCGCAAGAAAACACGAAGACUAGCAACACGGUGUCUUCUUCACUUACGAACAACCCCUUGGAGGCCCUCUCACUGUUAGUUUCGAACGAUCCGAUGGCAUUGCCGUUGACCACGAAAAAAUCAGACGACAUGAGUGGUGCUCAAGCGAAGGAAGCCAACGAUGUAUUGCAAACUCUGACUUCGUCAGCGGCUCUUUUACCUUCGGUGAGUUUGGCGACCACGGAAACAACGAUGGAUCCGUCAGGGCUGUCUUGUGCGGGCUCUUCGUCGUCAUCAUCGUCCACCACUGCCAACAAUUUGUCCUUGACUCAAGACCAAUUAUUGGAACUGUUAAAGAUCUGUUCGUCUGCAGCUCUUCAUCCCGAGAAAUCCAUGUCCGCUCCGGCGACACCAUGCGGCGGUUACGGCGACCCUCUUUCGUCUUCCUCUUCCUCAUUAGCAUUCCCUUUAUCAUCCUCAUCGAUUCCUGGUUCGGUGUCCCCUUCCACCAAGAAACCCUUUGCACCGAUCCCCACCAAUUCCCGACAGAUUCUUCCAAAACCGACCGCCAAUCCUUUAUCAGCCUCCAAUGGAUCUCCACUGUCCAUCAAUACACUCUCACAUCGUCUGGGUAAUCUGGCCACUGAUAUGAACCUUACAACGGAGCAACUGGAUCCCGAUCCUUCCUUGGGAUUCCAAGAUCUUGUCCGAAAACGAAGUCUCAUGGACCCACCAUCCAAGAACAAGCGAAGGAGACGACCUUCUGGAAAUUCAUUCACCGGGCUGGCCUUGGCAAAUCAUUCGACAUUUUCUUCAUUCUACGACGGCAUUUCAACUGCAUCUACCGAACCCACCAUCUCCUCUUCCCCUUGUUCACCAACGGCUGAAACUGAGCCAGUUCCUGUCUCGAUGGAUGAACUGGUGGACACUUCCCAACUCUACACUCGCUCCUCUUCCCGGUCGCCUUCCCCUGAUCCUGAUGAGUUGGAAUCCCGCUUCUCGCGCGAUCUGUCUCGAUGGCAGCGUGUUCCCAUUGGCGCUUUCCGCUUGUUACGAUCAAAAAAUAGACUCUGGCUUGACCGGUAA